AUGAAACUAGUCAAGAGUAGCGACGAAAAUAAUAAGCAUUUUUACCUGCCUCACCAUCCGGUUAUAAAAGAGACAAGCUCAACAACUAAACUACGAGUCGUGUUCGACGGAUCAGCCAAAUGUUCCACUGGAUUUUCGCUUAAUGACUCUCUUUGUGUGGGACCUGUUAUCCAAGAUGAGUUGAUCACGCUUGUACUGCGCUUCCGAAAACACCAGAUUGCUCUUGUUGCUGACAUCGCCAAGAUGUAUCGACAAAUACUGGUGCAUCCGGAUGACACCCGCUUCCAACGAAUUUAUUGGCGAUUUUCUACCCAAGCUCCAAUACAACCCUAUGAACUCCAAACGGUAACAUACGGGUUAGCACCGUCUUCCUUCCUCGCCACAAGAACUCUUGUACAACUAGCAACUGAUGAAGGGAAAUCGUAUCCUCUAGGAGGUCCAGCAUUACGUAAUAAUUUUUAUAUGGACGAUUUUAUCGGUGGUGCUGAAACUAUAGAAAAGGCUAUCCAAUUACGAAAAGAAUUAACGGAAUUGCUUGCUAAAGGAGGAUUUGUGCUACGCAAAUGGUCAUCCAAUCGACUGGAGGUACUGCAAGGACUAGAUAAAGACGCCAUUGGGACUCAAUCCGCUUUGCAUUUUCAUCCAAAUGAAACUAUAAAAACAUUGGGUAUAAGCUGGGAACCCGAAAACGACUUUCUGCGAUUUUCAUCUCACGUAUAUGAAACCGAUCAGCCAACCACAAAACGAUCAAUAUUAUCAUCAAUUGCAAAACUGUUCGACCCAUUAGGACUCAUUGCUCCCAUCAUCGUCAAAGCUAAAAUUAUGAUGCAAGAGUUGUGGUUACUCGCCUGUGAAUGGGACGAACCUGUACCUGAAUCCAUGAGCGAAAGGUGGAGGAAAUAUUAUAAACAACUACCCCGCAUUUCCGACUAUCAAGUAGACCGAUACGCUUUUCUUCCUAAUUCAGUGAUUCAACUUCACACGUUCGCCGAUGCAUCUGAAUCUGCAUACGGUGCAUGUACUUACGCUCGCUCUGAGGACAAUAAAGGUAAAGUGAAGGUGCAGUUGCUAGCCUCCAAAUCCAGAGUAGCCCCGUUAAAACGACUUAGUUUGGCCCGACUAGAACUAUGCGCAGCAGUUCUCGCUGCCCACUUGCACAACUGCAUAAAAACCGCUAUUGAUCUCGACGUGACUAAAUCCUACUUUUGGUCGGAUUCAGCUGUUACUCUACAGUGGCUGCAAUCACCUCCUAAUGUCUGGAAAACAUUUGUAGCCAACCGAGUUUCGGAGAUCCAGCACUUCACACACGGUGAUCAUUGGAAUCAUGUAUCUGGGAAAGAGAAUCCUGCUGACUUAGUGUCACGAGGAAUGCUGGUAGAAGAUUUUCUUAAAAGCCGAUUGUGGACUCACGGACCAUGCUGGUUGUCACUUCCACCAAAUGAGUGGCCGAUUUCUAACCCGCCGAAUGUAGCUGAAAACCAAUUGGAAAUGAGAAAUAUUGUUGCGACCAUACAAACUUCACCGUCUGUUCAUCCUUGGUUCUUACGCUGGUCUUCAUAUAACCGACUUCUUCAUGUAAUCAGCUACUGUAUCCGGUUCGUAAAUAAUGUUCGCGCAAAGUCUCGGACUGAUCGAUCACCAUCCAAACCAAAUUGCCUGUCACUUACCGUUCCUGAGUUGCUGAAAGCAAAAGCUUUACUAAUUUGCCUCGCUCAACAUGAUUCAUUCCGUGCCGAAAUAGAUAGUUUGAUGAAAAAUAUGCCAAUACCAAAAAAGUCCAGUAUGCGUAAAAUGAGCCCCUUCCUGGAUUCAGAGAGAGUGUUGAGAGUGGGUGGACGUUUGAACAUGUCAGACUUGCCUUUUCAAGCCAAGCAUCCAGCCAUAUUACCUGCCUUUCACCCAUUAACACGAUUGUUAGCACAACACUUCCACAUCAAAACCCUUCAUGGCGGCGGGCGUUUGCUUCUAACCGCAAUGAGAGAAGAGUACUGGCCACUACAAGGCCGUAGACUCGCCCGGAGUACUGUCCGUAACUGCUUCCGUUGUACCCGUCUAAACCCUAUACCUCUUGAACAACAAAUUGGCCAGCUGCCUGCCCAGAGAAUAAUGUCAAGUAGACCAUUUAACGUUACCGGAAUAGAUUACGCCGGACCGCUGUACCUGAAACCCACGCACAGACGCGCUGCCCCUGCAAAGGCUUAUAUAUGCGUCUUUAUAUGCUUCACCACGAAAGCGGUUCACCUUGAACUGGUUGGAGAUUUGUCAACCCAAGCAUUUAUCGGUUGUCUGCGAAGAUUUGUUGCCAGACGCGGUCGCCCGUCUCACUUGCAUUCGGAUAAUGGUAAGAAUUUUGUCGGCGCAAAGAACCAACUAAAGGAAUUGUUUUACUUGCUACAAAAUGCGGAAGAACAACAAAGAAUUAGUUCCGCCUGUGCCGAUGAAAACAUCACCUGGCAUCUUAUUCCCCCUAGGGCGCCGAACUUUGGCGGUUUGUGGGAAGCGGCAGUGAAGGUUGCGAAAAAACACUUAUUUCGCCAACUUGGAUCCACCCGUAUUUCCUUCGAGAAUAUGUGUACGGUGCUCACGCAAAUUGAGUCUCAAAUGAACUCUCGACCGCUAUUGCCGAUGACUGAAGAGCCAGAUGACUUAGCUGCGCUCACUCCUGCUCACUUCCUAAUCGGAACUUCGAUGAAUACACUGCCCGACCCAGAUCUCAGCCACCUACCGAUGAAUAAACUCGAUCAAUACCAAAGUCUCCAACUGCAUACACAAAAGUUUUGGAAACACUGGCAACGAGAAUAUCUUCAAGAACUUCAAAAAGAUACCAAAUGCCGUGGACGUAACAAUCAAAUUAUACCUGGUAAACUAGUUAUACUCAUCGAUGACCUGCAACCUCCAAUUCGCUGGCCUUUGGCUCGCAUAGUGUCAACUCAUCCCGGCUCCGAUGGAAUCACUAGAGUCGUUUCGCUGCAGACCGCAAGAGGACUUAUUACACGACCUGUCUCUAAAAUAUGCCUGCUGCCAUAUGCUAUGGAAACUCCUGUGGCAGAUUCGUUCAACUGCAUCAGCAACAUGGUUUUAGAUAGAUAG